GAAACUGAGAUCUCUCAGGUACUCUGACAAUCCGUUAGAUGGUGUUUUACCUCAAUCUGUUGGGAAUUUCUCUAACUCUCUGCAGAUUUUUGAUGGACAAGGUUGUAAACUGAAGGGCUUCAUUCCUGAAGAAAUUGGUAAUGUUACUGGAAUGUCAAGGAUGAGUCUAUUUAACAAUGAGUUGAUUGGAUAUAUUCCAAAAACUAUCGAACGCAUGCUGAAACUUCAAGAAAUUUACCUACAUAAAAACAAGAUAGGAGGAACCAUACCAGAUGUUAUCUGCAAUUUACAGAAUCUUGGUGAAUUAUACCUAUCGGGAAAUCAGAUUACCGGUUCAGUGCCACCAUGCUUAGGGACCAUUACCAGUUUACGGAAACUUAAUCUGGCUUACAACAGGCUGAAUUCGAGAUUACCUGCAAGCUUGGGAAGCCUUCGAGAUAUCAUAGAAUUCAAUGUUUCGUCCAAUUUAUUAAGUGGGCAAAUUCCUCUGGAGAUUGGAAAUUUAAAGGCUGCCACACUCAUUGAACUGUCAAAAAAUAAUUUCUCAGGUAAUAUCCCAAGCUCUAUAGGAGGUCUAGAUAGAUUGACCAAUUUUUCUUUAGCACACAAUAAAUUAGAUGGUCCUAUUCCAGAUUCAUUAGGGAAAAUUCUUGCCUUGGAAUUCUUGGAUUUGUCCUUUAACAAUCUUAGUGGUGAGAUUCCAAAGUCAUUAGAAGAUCUUGUGUAUAUUAAACAACUGAACAUCUCAUUUAAUAAACUUAGUGGUGAAAUUCCCACCGGUGGACCUUUUGCAAAUAUCACUAGCCAAUCCUUCCUGUCCAAUGAUGCACUCUGUGGUGACUCCAGAUUUAACGUGAAACCAUGUCCUCCAAAAUAUACAAAGAAGUCAAGAAGAAAAAGAGUGCUUAUAGGUUUAUAUACUCUGUUAGGGAUAGGAUCACUCUUUGCAUUGGUCGUUGGAUAUGCGGUGUUAAGAUGGAGAAAGAUAAAAAAGAAUGUAGAUCAAGCUGAUGUGUCGCUCGUUAAAGAGCAUGAAAGAAUUUCUUAUUAUGAACUUGAACAAGCAACAGAAGGAUUCAGUGAAAGCAACUUGCUUGGUAAUGGGAGUUUCAGCAAGGUCUACAAAGGGAUACUUAAGGAUGGUACCUUUUUCGCAGCAAAGGUAUUCGAUGUGCAAUUGGAGGGUGCAUUCAAAAGUUUUGAUACAGAAUGUGAGAUGUUGCGCAACCUCCGCCAUCGAAAUCUUACUAAAGUCAUCACUAGUUGCUCCAACCUUGAUUUCAAAGCCUUAGUAUUGGAAUACAUGCCGAAUGGAACACUUGAAAAAUGGCUAUAUUCUCAUAACCUUUUCUUAGACAUGAUGCAUAGAUUAGAUAUAAUGAUAGAUGUUGCAUCUGCGAUGGACUAUCUCCACAAUGGCUAUUCAACGCCUGUG